AUGGCCGCCGGCGCCUUCUUGGAACUCCUGGAGUGGCUUCGAGAGGUGCUCCUGCAGGACGCUGUCUUCCUUCGCGAGUCCUACCCCGACCAUCCUAUCUUUCAGGAUCCGGUCUUCUCUUGCCCCGAGUUUGAAGCGUUCGCCAGCAAAGUUCAAGACACAUGCACACGGGACCACGAAGACAGCCAUACCACGGUCAUUCAAAAAGCGAUCCCGGUGGUUGCGGAGAAGCUGCGCACAUUGGAUGAGUUUGCGCAGGCGACCUACACCGUCACCUUCAGCCCCGGCCAAGGUGCUGCAGGUCAACAUGCGGAGAUCGCGGGAGCUCAUCAACAGAGGCGCCGCGCUCCACGAGAGACGGUCCUCAGGUCCGAGAUAGGCCCUUCGCAAGCGGGCGAGAAGAAUUACUUUUCCACGCGCAAGAUCAUCGUCGAUGAGGCCAUCCGAAAGGACAGGCAAGGCGAAAAAGGGACACAAACGUGCGUCGGGGCAAUUCAACGUCGGUGGUAG